AAAAGGUAGCCGCGGGCAGAACCCACUUGUGGACACGAUUCAGGUGUGGGUGGUUCUGAAGGGAGGUGGUGCCUGGGGGGGCCCAAAUGGGGCCGGAGCCGUGGGGAUGGGCGGCGGCCAGGGAUGGGGCCAGGGAUGGAGCCCCAGUCCGGAGCCCAGGGCAAGGCGGGGGACCAGGGCUGAGGAUAGGAACCCCCGCGGACAGAGGGAAACAGGGCUCAGGGCCCGGCCCCGUUCUCCCCGCGGGUGGCCCUGGCCCAGGCCCCGGCUCCGGCCCCGUCCCGCCCCCGUCCCGCCCGCCCGUCCCCAUGGCAGCCGCGGGGCCGGGCCGGGCCAUGGCUGCGGCCGCGCUCUCCUUCGGCCGGGCCUCGUCGGCUCCCCUGCGGCCGCUGGUCGUGAUCCUCGGAGCCACCGGCACCGGCAAAUCUGCGCUGGCGCUGCAGCUGGGGCAGCGGCUCGGCGGCGAGAUCGUCAGCGCCGACUCCAUGCAGGUGUACAAGGGCUUGGACAUCAUCACCAACAAGGUUUCUGCCCAGGAGCAGCAUCUGUGCAGGCACCACAUGAUCAGCUUCGUGGAUCCUCUCGUUGCCAACUACACCGUGGUGGAUUUCAGAGACAAAGCUGUGGCUCUGAUUGAAGAUAUCUUUGCCCGAGACAAGAUCCCCAUUGUUGUGGGAGGAACCAACUACUACAUUGAGUCCUUGCUCUGGAAGGUCCUUAUCAACACCAAGGAGAAGACCACCACAGCCCCUGGACCAGCCACGGACAGGAAAGUGGAGCUGGAGCAGCUGGAUGGUGUGGAGCUCCAUCGCCGCCUGAGCCAGGUGGACCCAGAGAUGGCAGCCAAGCUGCACCCUCACGACAAGCGCAAACUGGCCAGGAGCCUCCAAGUGUUUGAAGAGACUGGGAUCCCUCAUAGUGAAAUCUUGCAGCAGCAGCAGGCAGAGGAGGGUGGGGGGCCCUUAGGUGGGCCCCUGAAGUACCCACACUGCUGCAUCCUGUGGCUCCAUGCAGACCAGGCAGCUCUGGACCAGCGGCUGGAGCAGCGAGUGGACGAGAUGGUGGCCGCGGGGCUGCUGGAGGAGCUGAGGGACUUCCACCGGCGCUACAACCAGGAGAGGCUGGCAGAGAACCGGCAGGAUUACCAGCAUGGCAUCUUCCAGUCCAUUGGCUUCAAGGAGUUCCAUGAGUACCUUGUCAGUGAGGGGAACUGCUCACCUGAGACCAGUGCCCUGCUGCUGCAAAAAGGGAUCCAGGCCCUCAAGCAGGUGACCAAGAGGUAUGCCCGGAGGCAGAACAAGUGGGUCCGGAACCGCUUCCUGAGGCGACCCGGGCCCAACGUGCCCCCAGUGUAUGGCCUGGAGGUGUCUGAUCACUCGAGGUGGGAGGAGGAGGUGCUGAAACCUGCUCUGGAGAUUGUGGAGAGCUUCAUCCAGGGACGUGAGCCCCCAGCAGAGCCUGUGAAGAUGGAGUGGGAUGUGAAGGAGAACAAACGGAGCCAGCGCCGCUGCGAGCUCUGCGGCAGACUCAUCAUCGGGGACAGGGAGUGGGCAGCUCACACACGAUCCAAGUCCCACCUGCACCAGCUGAAGAAGAGGAGGAAGCUGGAGGCCACCAGCCUUGCUGCAGAGACUAAGGGGGAGACCUCAGGGGAAGACAGCAGCUUGCUUGUGCCCUAGGCUUGCAAACCAGCUGGCCAAGGGGAGCAGCCAGGCUGCCACCUGCACAGCCAGGAAGCCACUUAGCCCUGGGUGGCCUUGCACUGAACCAGCUGAGUCACUCUCUUAUUCUUUGGGGAUGAGGCAGGUGUGCUAAGUGACGACCAAAGGCUGUGAGCUGCACCAGAUCCUCUUCAUGUGGCCUCAUCGUGCCCUGUUCCUAUGGUGCUCCAGCCCUGCCUGGGAAGGGCUGGGCCCCAGGGCAAGGCUGCUGGAAGCAUCCUCCCAUGCCAGGCCUUCAUUCCUGCCAGAGAUGCAGCAUUGUCCUUGGAAUGGUUGAGCCAAUCCUGCUGGCAUGAGAACCUUCUCAGGAGACAGAACUCACCCUGUGCUCUUCCAGCUUGGCCAGCAGUGCAGCUCCAGAGCUGAGGGAGCUCUUCCUGCCCUCGUUAUGGAGAGGUUAUAAUUUCCCCCCUUUUAUAUGGAAAUAAAAGUAGAAGUUGACUGUGGCUUCCCCUCCCUUUUAACAAA